UCUCCAUCUGCAGACUGGAGCUCUCCUUCCUCCCCCUCCCUGCACCGUGCAGGUUCCCCCCAUUAUUCUUCCCGGCCCCCCAUGGCUGUCUCUCUAUAAUAACCGGCUCCUGCAUUGCUCGCCUGCAGCGAUGGGCUGUGCUGGCUGCACUAUGUCACAGACUGGCUCCUUUCAAUCACCUAUAGCCCUCCAUCCUAGGAUUUAUUGAAACAUCAGGAAGGCUGGACCCUGACUGAGAGCCGCUCUAUACAGGUGUGUUCCUAAACAUUGUGUAAUGUCAUCAAAUGUCGUCAAAGCUGCUUCACCACUGGCCAGCGCUGUGACAGGUGCGAUGGAGCUAUCAGUGGCUCAGUGGCUUCUUGUGGUCUGUCUUGUGGCUUUUCCUCUCCUCUAUGAAUGGAGUAUCACAUUCAAGUAUUUCUGUAAGAUGGCCUUUUAUAAUGGCUGGAUCCUGACUCUGGCCAUUCUGGCUAUCCCUAUAUGUGCCGUUCGUGGGCGCAAUGUGGAAAACAUGAAAGUUCUCAGAUUCAUGCUCUUGCAUAUAAAGUAUCUCUAUGGAAUAAAGAUUGAGGUGCGAGGCUGGGAGAAUUUUAACAUUAAGGAGCCAUAUGUUGUUGUGUCAAACCAUCAGAGCUCCCUGGAUCUGCUGGGGAUGAUGGAGAUCCUGCCGGGGCGUUGUGUGCCCAUCGCCAAAAGAGAGCUGAUGUAUGCUGGUACAGCUGGACUUGCGUGCUGGCUAGCAGGCGUCAUAUUCAUCAACCGCAAAAAAACAGACGAUGCCAUCAGUGUGAUGUCAGAGGCAGCCGAGACAAUGCUGAAAGAGGAUGUGCGGGUCUGGGUCUUCCCAGAAGGCACUAGGAACCACAGUGGGUCCCUACUGGCAUUCAAACGGGGAGCAUUUCACCUGGCCGUGCAAGCACAGGUCCCUGUCAUACCAGUUGUUAUGUCUUCCUAUAAGGAUUUCUAUUGUAAGAAAGAGAAAAAAUUUACAACAGGAAAAUGUACAGUGCGAAUCCUCCCAGGAGUUUCCACCCGUGGGUUGUCCCCUGAUGAUGUUCCUGAUCUAACCGAUCGAGUACGGGGGCUGAUGCUUGAUGCCUUCUCGCAAAUGUCAAAUGAACGCCCAGGGAAAGAACCUGGGGGGGGGCAUUGACCCCAUUUCCGCCAUCCUUUCCUACCUUCCUGGGCCAGGAUACCCCCAUGCAAAAGAGAAUAGACACAGGGGACCUUGUAAUGAGAAACAUAGAACAUUAUGGCCUUCAGUGGAAAAGGACUAAUGUUGUUCCCAACAAAAAAAGGGGAAAAAGAAAGACAUUUUGUUAAAAAUGACAAAGAAAAAAGGAUUAAUUUCAUAAAAUGAAAGCGAGAGACCACCAUGAAUUCUUCAAGGAGAGAGAGAGAGAGGAGAAGUACAUUUAUAUAGAGAACAUUUCAACAUGGGACAGCGGCACACUAAAUGAAGACAAAGAAAAUCGGAAGAUAUAUGAGCAAAUUCCCAUUAGAUGGGGAGAUAAGGGAUCCAUAUGAUGGAAUAUCAUCUCUAGGUUGAAUAGGAUGACCUUCAAAAAAAAAAACAGAGCGAGAGAGAUUAACAAUAAAGAGAUUGGUGGAGAAGGAACACGAUAAAA